UUCAGCAGCGCAACGCAGCAGACGUUGACGACCGCGGGCGGCAGAGAGCGAAAGCGAAUCAAAGCGAAGCGAACUUAAAACCAAAGUCAAGCCCCAGCCGAGCCGAGUCAAGCCAAAUACGAUCGCAGGCGACGGGGCCAAAGUGCGAAUAACAAAAGACAAAAGAAAAAAACCUGUGCUUAACUUGAAAUAACCAGACACAUAUCGCAUGUGUUUUCGGCGAUAACAAUUACGAUAACAGCCAAUCGAUAAACGAUAAACUUCAAUUAUAGCUACAGAGUGUGUGCUCAGACAAAAUGUGUAACCGAAAAUGUUUCCGCAUGCCCACGUUAGUCAUCUGCGGCGUCUUGCUGACCAUCGUGCUGGUCUGCAUUACAGGCAUUACCCUAACCAACAGCAUAAACAUAUCGAAUAUCGUCAAAUUGCGCGAAAAGGUCGCCAGCGACUCGGCGGCUGCCAAUGGCGGCCAUCAGGCUGCCCAAACACGCGCCGCGCUCGUUGAGCAGCAAUACUCGACAUUGCAGCAGCAUCAUAUGUCCAAAAGCGAUCUGAACUACAUAUCAGCGGCUACGCAUCCAAAGAAUCUACAGCGCUUCCUAGCGACAGCGCAGCCCCACCAGCAGUCGGCGCAGGCCAACAAGAUUGUUAUCGAGAUCGGUUUACGAAGCAACAGCGGGGGCAGCAGCAGCGGCAACAUCAAGGACAGUGGCUCCACGGCUGGUGGCGCCGCCGGCUUAAUGCCCAUGCCGCAUAUGCUGCAGGCGGCGGAUGCGCUCAUGGAGGGCAAUGUUGAUUCCAUAUCUCUGCCAGCAGCAGCGCCAGCUACAACACAGACACCGACUACAGCAACAACAACUACAACUACAGCAGCAACAACAACAAUGAGACCCACAAUAACAACAACAACAUCAACAGCUGGCACGACUCUCGUCUUGGGCAUUGCCGAUCAUAAUCCAGCGGGGAUUCAAUUUGAGCGCCGUGCACAUGUCAAACAGAUGAUGGAGCACGCCUGGCACAACUAUAAAUUGUAUGCUUGGGGCAAGAACGAGCUGCGUCCAUUGUCGCAGCGUCCGCACUCGGGCAGCAUAUUUGGAUCAUAUGAUUUGGGCGCCACAAUUGUGGAUGGCCUGGACACGCUCUACAUAAUGGGCCUGGAGAAGGAGUACAAGGAGGGACGCGACUGGAUUGAGCGCAGAUUCUCGCUGGACAACAUCAGCGCCGAGUUGUCCGUGUUCGAGACAAAUAUACGCUUCGUGGGCGGCAUGCUGACACUGUACGCCUUCACCGGGGAUCCACUGUACAAGGAGAAGGCGCAGCAUAUUGCCGAUAAGCUGCUGCCCGCUUUUCAGACGCCCACGGGCAUACCCUAUGCGCUGGUCAACACCAAAACAGGCAUGGCCAAGAACUAUGGCUGGGCAUCCGGUGGUAGCUCGAUUCUCUCCGAGUUUGGUACACUGCAUCUGGAGUUUGCCUAUUUAAGCGAUAUAACUGGCAAUCCGCUGUACCGGGAGCGCGUGCAGACCAUACGCCAGGUGCUAAAGGAGAUUGAGAAGCCCAAGGGACUCUAUCCCAACUUCCUAAAUCCCAAGACGGGCAAAUGGGGCCAGCAGCACAUGUCGUUGGGCGCCCUGGGAGACAGCUAUUACGAGUAUUUACUCAAGGCAUGGCUUCAGUCCGGCCAGACGGACGAGGAGGCACGCGAAAUGUACGACGAGGCUAUGCUGGCCAUUAUGGACAAAAUGGUGCGCACCAGCCCCAAUGGGCUGACCUAUGUAUCUGAUCUGAAGUUUGAUCGAUUGGAGCAUAAAAUGGAUCAUCUUGCCUGCUUCUCGGGCGGACUUUUUGCGCUGGGCGCUGCAACGCGCCAGAACCAGCACACGGACAAGUACAUGGAAGUGGGCAAGGGCAUUACCAACACCUGCCACGAGAGCUAUAUACGCGCGCCCACCCAGCUGGGACCGGAGGCAUUCCGCUUCAGCGAUGCGGCAGAGGCGCGUGCGCUGCGCUCGCAGGAGAAGUACUAUAUACUCAGGCCGGAGACAUUUGAGAGUUACUUCGUGCUUUGGCGCCUCACGCACGACCAAAAGUAUCGCGACUGGGGCUGGGAGGCGGUACUGGCGCUGGAGAAGCAUUGCCGUACACCGCACGGCUAUUGCGGCCUGCGCAAUGUCUAUCAGCAGGAGCCCCAAAAGGACGAUGUGCAGCAGAGCUUCUUCCUGGCUGAAACACUCAAGUACCUGUACUUGCUGUUCUCCGACGACUCCGUACUGCCCCUGGACGAAUGGGUCUUCAACACCGAGGCGCAUCCAUUGCCCAUCAAGGGUGCCAACAUUUAUUACCGCAAGGCUCCGGUGCCGCUGCCCGCAUCGAAUGCCUCAUAAGCAGUUGGGCGCAGUUUGUUGACCGCGUCAUUUUAAUUGACUAUAUAUCAUUUAAUAUUAUGAUUAUUAUUUAAAUAUUGUAAUGUUUUUUUUUUUUUUAUUAUUAUUAUUUGUCUGUUGCUUUAGUUAGUUUCUAUUUUAAUGUGUGUAUGCUUAUAUUAUUUGAUUGCACAAUGACAACAACUAUAUAAUUUGAUCUUUAGUUCGCCGGGCAAUCAACGGACGACCAUAUUCUAUGUAACAUAUUUAUGCAACUCUUAUUAACGAUAGCAACAAGAACCCCUAAGUAGUUAAUAUAUGGUAACCAUCCUCUAGCUCGUAUUCAAUACACAAUUUGCACAAUUUUUCAAAUCAAGCCAAAAGGCAAAACAAUUUUUCACACCAAUUUGUAGGCUGCACUUGGCUAAUUACAGUUUGAGGUGUUUGAAAAAAAAAGGAAAAACCAACCAAUUAUAUGGUAUAUAUAGACAAACACACACACACACACACACACACACACACACAAAUGAUUUAUAUAAGUAAACUCAGGUGUUCGAAUUAUGAUUUCUUGCAUUGUAUCCGUUAACGGAAUCAACUUGAAAACUCUUCAACUUGCAUUCUCAAUAUCGUUCUGUCUAACUCUCUCAGACUCACACUCUCUAUAUCUCUAUCUCAAUCUCUAUCUCUAGUACUAGAUCUAUCUAUCUACAUAGCAUAUUUGUGUAGAGCACCCUGUAUGUAACUUAAUAACUUGCAUUUUGAAUAUGAAUAUGACACAACUCUCAACAUUCGGUGGCACAUUCUGGGAUCGACAUAUUUAAGAGCUUUGUUUUGUAAAUAUUUCCCUAGCGACAAAAUGAAGGCAUCAAUGAGAAGGUUUACAAACCAAGUAAUUGUCAAGUUAUUGUUUAUGUUGUAGUUUAAAUAUAAUAAUUAAAAUUUAUUGUAAUAGCACCUAGCAUACUUUAAACAAAUGUAACGCAUAUUACUUUACAUCAGCAUCAAGCGAAACGAAUCUUAAAUAUAUAUAUUACACAUAAAAAACAACAAAACAAACAAACAAAAUAAAAAACAACACAUAAACAAAUAUAUGUAGGCAAUUGUUUAAACAAAAUAUUUAUACAAUUAUACAACAAGCGAAAUAAUUUUAUUUUUAACAAUGUAAAGGGUUUUUUUUUAUAAUCCUAAGCGUAAGAUAUGAUGAUAAUUAUGAUAUUAAUAUUAAAUAAAAACCAUAUAUAAAUAACAAGAAAACAAAAACAAAGUCGAAAAUGUUAAAUUUGUGUAAUCUUCAGCGCUUUGUAUCAGCUCUCGAGCUGUGAGAAGUCAUAUUAGAAAUAUACGUACAUACACAUAAAAUAUAAAAAUAAUGAAGAGCAUUACAAAAAUAUACAUUUUCUAAGGUGAACACAUAGUUUUAUCAUUAUAUAAAUUAUAUAUAUAUAUAAAUAUCUAUAUACAUAUAAAUAUAUUUUUUUUUUUAUGUUAUAUCAAAUUACUUGUAAGACAGAACGUGAAUAUUGUAUAAUUGUGAGUCUAAUAAAAUUGUAAAUGCAUGAUAGAUGAACACGACGAAGUGGGCAACUCUCCCUAGGGACAGUGCAAGUGGAUAUUAAGAAAUGCUUAAACAUAACUGUAUUGGACUAACCCAUAAGUAUAAUAAAAACCUAAUGAAUAACAUUAAAACAAA